CCUCCUCUGGCUGCCCUCAGCACGUGUGCCCAUCGGCUCUGUUAUGGCGACCCACAGCCCCAGCGUCGUGAUUAGUGAUGAUGAACCAGGUUAUGACCUAGAUUUAUUUUGUAUACCUCAUCAUUACGCUGAGGGUUUGGGAAAGGUGUUUAUUUCUCAUGGACUAGUUAUGGACAGGACUGAGCGUCUUGCCCGAGACAUGGUGAAGGAGAUGGGUGGCCAUCACAUCGUAGCCCUCUGUGUGCUCAAGGGGGGCUAUAAAUUCUUUGCUGACCUGCUGGAUUAUAUCAAAGCACGGAACAGAAAUAAUGAUGGAUCCAUUCCUAUGACUGUAGAUUUCAUCAGACUGAAGAGCUACUAUAAUGACCGGUCAACAGGGGACAUAAAAGUAAUUGGUGGAGAUGAUCUCUCAAUGUUAACUGGAAAGAAUGUCUUGAUUGUUGAGGAUAUAAUUGAUACUGGCAAAACAAUGCAAACCUUCUUGCUCUCCAUGGUCAAGCAGCAUAAUCCAAAGAUGGUCAAGGCUGCAAGCUUGCUGGUGAAGAGGACACCUCGAAGUGUUGGCUAUAAACCAGACCUUGGAUUUGAAAUCCCAGACAAGUUUGUCGUAGGAUAUGCCCUUGACUACAAUGAAUACUUCAGUGACUCGAAUCACAUUUGUGUCAUUAGUGAAACUGGAAAAGCAAAAUACAAAGCCUAAGAUGAGAUUUCAAGUUGAGUUUGGAAGCACCUGGAGUCCCCUUGGAAUCACCAGUCCCAUGUUCUAGUUCUGUGGCCAGCUGCCCAGUAGAGCUUUUUGCAUGUAUCUCCUAAGGAUUUUAUCUGUUUUGUAUUUUAGAAAUGUCAGUUGCUGCAUUCUGAAGUCUUUAUUUGCACUAUGAGCAUAUAGACUAUCAGUUCCCUUUGAGUGGACUGUUUGACUUGUGAAUGAAAAAUCUCUUAAACCACACCACUAUUGAAUGAAAAUAAUGAAAUUGUAUCUGUAAGAAACAUUUAAAGAGAAGAUAUAUUAGUUUUU